AUGGCCACGGAGUCGCAGCCGAUCGACAUUGACGACGAAAGCGACGUCGUGGACCUCUGCGACAAGUCGUCCGAGGACGACGACGACUCGGUCGUGGACCUGACGGCGGCGUCGCCGGCCUCACCGAAGCGGCGGCGGUCCGUGAUCGACGUCGACGACGAGGCCGUCGCGCGACAGUUGGAGUUAGAAGAGCAGCGCGCGGCGAAGCGCCGCAAGAAGGCCGAGGAGCGCGACGCGCGGAUCGCGCGCAAGCUCGCGGCCGAGGAGAAGCGCAAGGCCGAGGAGAAGAAACGCGCCGACGCCAUCAAGCGCAAGAACGCCGCCGAGCGCGCCGCGAAAGAGAAACGCAAGAGCGUCGACACGGAGGAGCUCGCGUCGACGCCGACGGGCCUCGCCGCGAUCGUCACCGAGUACACGCGCGACUCGAAGAAGUGGGCCGUGGGUUUGGAGCUGAAAAACGCGUGCGCGAAUUUUGAUUUGGCGGUCAAGUUCUUCGAGAAGCACGCGGCCAUGCUCGCGCGCGCGCCCUGCCCGCGGAGCGGCCGGAACAAGGGCACGCGCGCCACGCCUUUAGCGAUUGUGUAUCAUGGGACGUCGCGGUCGAACUUCCGGGCGAUCAUGGAGGGCAAUCUAAAGGUGCCCGACGGGCGGACCGUGAGACAUGUCACCGACGACGGUUUUUUUGGGCGCGGAAUCUACACGACGACGGACCCUCGACUGGCGUUUGCCUACGCCAAGGACGCGAUUGUGUUUGCCUGCUUAGCGCUGCCGGGGCGCCAGUACAAGGCCACGCAGAAGCGCGACCGGGGCGUGCCGAAGAAAGCUGGGUAUGACUCGCACCUGGGCUACGUUUUGCGCGGUGUCCGAGAGGUGGCAUUCAACAAACCGCGCGUCGCAAACGAGUCGCGUCGAUGGCGUCACUCAAUACCCCACGCAGGAGGGCGACGGCGCGCCCCAGCUCGUGUUUUUUGACACGGACCAGGUGCUGCCGUGCUACCUCGUCGACCAGCGGAACCACACGCGGGCGCACGCCGCCCUGGAGCGUGCCGUGAAAGUGGUGGCGGAAAAAACGGGGAACGCGCGGCCGUCCGACGGCAUCCCGAAGAACCGGUCGGGACGUCGGGCGAUGCCCGCGCCCGGCGCCUACGCCGCCGGCGCCGGCGCGCCGGUCGCGCCGGGCGGCGCGGUGCCGCCGACGGGCGGCGUGAUGCCGCCCGGCCUCGCCGCGUACAUAUCGAUGAUCACGGGCGGCGGCGGCGGCUACGGAGGAGGACCGCCUCCGGGCUACGGCCCGCCUCCAGGCUACGGCCCGCCGCCGGGCUACGGUCCGCCGCCGGGCUAUUUCGGCGGCGGCGGGUACGGGGGCGCCGACUACUAA